AUGGCUCCAGAUUAUGUCACUAAAAAGAAGGCGAGUAAGGAUACUGAUAUCUUCAGCUUCGGAGUUGUUGCGUUGGAAAUAGCAUGUGGAAGAAAACCCAUUGACCACAGGUUGGAAAGUGAUAAAGUCAAUAUGAGGCAGUGGGUUUGGGAACUUUACGAAGGAGGGAAAGUCAUUGAAGCAGCUGAUCCGAAACUGGGUGAGACUUAUGAUAGGAGGCAGAUGGAGCGUUUGUUGAUUGUUGGGUUGUGGUGUUCUCAUCCAGAUAAAAGUACACGGCCUGGAAUAGAACAAGUGAUUGAUGUGCUUAACUUCAAAGACGUACACCCAUUUCCUAAUAUUCCAGCACCUGCAGAGAGUUCUGUUUAUCUUACUAGUUCUGAUGAAUACCAGAUCGAGUCUUGAUAUCGAUAUAGCAAUGAUUCAUCAUAAUUGGCUCAUCCUUCCAAUAGUUUGUGGAUCAUCAGUACAGUUCAAUAGGAAAUAUGUGUGAUUUAUUGGUUUUGAUAGAUUGCUUGCAUUUGAAGUUUUGUGUAAUUUGGUUUAUUUUGUAUUGAAUUUUCGGGUUUUUAUUUUC